UUCCAUGACGUAGCAGAAACGAAUGAACAUCGCGGAGUUGAGUGGCAGCUGCGAGCGGUAAUGGAUAACUGUACUGGUCAUUCACACUUUUUAUUGAGCGCUUUCUUAUUGACAUGUUUAUUUGGGCUAUCGCUCGGGACGGAACUGAGCUUUGUGACUUGCGGCUCGGUUGUAAAGCUGUUAAAUGUAAAGCACAAUGUCAGACUGCACUCUCACGACGUGCGCUACGGCUCCGGCAGCGGACAGCAGUCAGUAACAGGCGUGACCACGGUGGAGGACAGUAACAGCUACUGGAGUGUACGGGGCACCAGCGGGACCCAGUGUCACCGGGGGACUCCUAUUAAGUGUGGUCAGACCAUCCGCCUCACACAUGUCAACACUGGACGCAACCUGCACAGCCACUACUUCUCCUCUCCGCUUUCCUCCAACCAGGAGGUGAGUGCGUUUGGUGAGGAGGGCGAGGGGGACCACCUGGAUGAGUGGACGGUGCAGUGUGGAGGGGCAGUGUGGCAGCGCGAGGAGGCUGUCCGCUUCCAGCACGCCUCCACCGAUGCGUUGCUAUCGAUUACGGGGGAGCAGUACGGCCGGCCCAUCCACGGGCAGAGGGAAGUGCACGCCAUGAUGGACCCCAGCCAGCACAGCCUGUGGAGGGCCAUGGAGGGGGUUUAUAUGAAGCCCAGUGAAAGCCCACUAGGGAACAAGGACUACAGCCAUCCUCUACACACAGAGUUCUGAUUCAAUCGGACUACAGCCAUCCUCUACACACAGACUGACUACAGCCAUCCUCUACACACAGACUGACUAUAGCCAUCCUCUACACACAGACUGACUGCAGCCAUCCUCUACACACAGACUGACUGCAGCCAUCCUCUACACACAGACUGACUGCAGCCAUCCUCUACACACAGACUGAAUGCAGCCAUCCUCUACACACAGACCGACUGCAGCCAUCCUUUACACACAGACCGACUGCAGCCAUCCUCUAUACACAGACUGACUGCAGCCAUCUUCUACACACAGACAGACUACAGCCAUCCUCUACACACAGACAGACUACAGCCAUCCUCUACACACAGACAGACUACAGCCAUCCUCUACACAUAGACUGACUACAGCAAUCCUCUACACACAGACUGACUACAGCCAUCCUCUACACACAGACUGACUACAGCCAUCCUCUACACACAGACUGACUACAGCCAUCUGCUACACAAUAGUUUUGAUUAUCAAUCAACCUGACCUGGCUCUAUAUACCAUUUUCUUCCCUGUUGUCUCUCUCUCUCUCGCCCCCCCCCCCCCGGACCCAGAGUUGUGAUCUACUCUGGCCCCUGGCUCCCUGUAUCCAACCCAACUUAGUUGUCUGCCUACCUGUCUCCUACUCAACUCCCUCUGUUUUGAGGACACUCUCACGCAGAGUGGAUCUAAUCUGGGGGUUGCCAGGACAACUACAGAACUCUUUGACCAAUCCAAUCUCUGUCACCUGACCUCAUCAACAGAGACUAUUUGAUACACUAAACGAAUGCUGCUACAAGAUGUAGUAAAUACAAUUUUCUAUUUCCCCUCCACACACCUCCUCCCGACGUGGUACUCUCCCCUCCACACACCUCCCGACGUGGUACUUCAUCAUAGACAUGCAAAGUUAUGUGAGACACCAGAACAAAAACAGCUAGUGAUUGUAUUGUUCUGUAUGUCAGAGGUGCUACAUAGCCAUUUUGCUAGAGCCUCUAAGAUGGUGCGCCGCCCCGUGUCUGACUGGUUAUAGAAUAGGGUAAAUAUGACUUCAUUGGUCCCCUGAUAUGAUCAACAACAGACUACGGUCCAUAUCAAUUCUGCAGGUUUGUGUUGAUUGUGCAGAGAAACGCUAAAUGGAGGCCAGUGGGAAGAGUGUUUUUUUUUUUUUUAACAAGUCUUGUGCAUCUACAAACGUACGAAAAACAACAGCCCUGUUACGGUGCCUUUUAUUACAUUAUCGAUUGCUCUCUACUAUUCAAACAAGUGUCGUAUCAAUAAAGAGGAGCAGUUUGAACCGUUUUAAAGAAACAUUUGAAUCCUAGCACACUGCCCAUCCCCACAAUUCUCUUCUUUACCAUGAACAAGUAGGGUUUCUUUGUUUGACUUGAUUUCAGUGUAAGUCCAUACAGUAUUACAUAUCCCUUCCAUUGACUAAGCUGAAACAUGAAGAGUACCAUAAUUCUCUGUCCACUACAGUAUUAUGUCACAGUCAGUGACACAGUAGAUUCCAUUCAGGAAAUUCAGAACCUAAAUCAUAAUUCCAAUUGAGGAACGGAAAGGAACGUCCCCCGUUGAAAAUGCAAGGCACUUUUUGAGUCUAGAAUUUCUCAAUUCACCUUCUAGAACUAACAUAAUUGGAUUGGAAUUGACCCCAGCCAUGCUGUCAUUGUCCCAGGGGUUGACAGCUACAGCCUGUCUGGUCUGACGUGGGUCUUACAAAGUGUUUUCUAUCAGCUGUCUGUGAGUGUUCAUUUCCACAGGACUUGUACAUGAUUGUAAUAGAUACCUCAGAUUAAAUGGAUGUUUUGUGCUAACCA